AUAUGAUCUUAUUGGUUUCGUCUUCCCCGGUAUUAAUAUGUACCGGCAAAUCCUAUUAAAGUAAUGUUAUAAUCUGAUUAAAUUUGGUAUAUAGGCCUACCUACGAUGCCAGCAUACCGGUAUCGUAUUUCUGUAUUUGGGUCUUGAUUUCAGAUUUAUUGUAGACAUACUGCUGUACUGGCAGACUGGACUAGCAUUUGAUAAAUACUGGAAUUAUAUAGAUCACAAUGGUUUCAUCUGGAUGCCUAUUACGAAUGGUACGAUUUCACGAACCGCGGGUAGAAGCGGGCGCUGCUCAUGCCUUUUUUCAUUGAAUGCACAAUAUUUUCCGAGGCGUGCAUCCAGAACACUCUCAAAUGAAAUCAACACCAGUCGUCCUGCAAGUUCCAUAGCAAAGAAAAUUUUAUACACAACAUUCGGUCUUUCUCCAGUUAUUGGAGCUGUUGGAUAUUAUGUGCAAAACACUGGAUUAAAAAAAAUUAAAGUUUCCACUGUUGGACUUGUUAGAUUCGGUCGGUCCAUUCAUGCAGGACUUUUAAUUUCAAUAGACUAUUGGUGGACAAUACACGUUACAUUGAGAAAUAUAGAUGAAGAAAGUACUCAUUUCAACAAAGUAUUGAAAUUAUGUCAUCAACGUGCUGCAGAUCGAAUGUACAAAUCUGCGCUAAUGAAUGGAGGACUUUAUGUAAAACUAGGUCAAGGUUUAUGCUCUUUUAAUCAACUUCUACCUCAAGAAUACACAGAUACACUCAGACCUCUUGAAGACAAGGCUCUUGCAUAUCUUCGUAAUGAUAUUUAUGAACUGUUUGAACAAGAAUUUCAAUGUGCACCUGAUGAUAUGUUUGAUAAGUUUGAUGCUGAACCUGUGGCCGCUGCAAGUUUAGCUCUUGUAUUCAAAGCCACUACAAAAGAAGGAAAAAGAGUGGCAGUUAAGGCUCAAUAUAUUGAUCUACAAGACAGAUUUGAUGGGGAUAUUUGGUGUGUGGAAGUUUUAUUAAAAAUAAUUGAGUGGAUGCAUCCAGAUUUUGGUUUCAGUUGGGUUCUACAGGAAAUGAAAGGAACACUCGCAGAAGAACUUGACUUUAUAAAUGAAGCAAACAACAGUGAAAAAUGUAAAAAGGAUUUUAAAAAAUUUCCAUUUAUUACUGUACCUGCAAUACAUUGGGAUAAAACUACAAAGAGAAUAAUGACCGCAGAUUGGUAUGAUGGAUGCAAGAUCAAUGAUUUGCAAGGAAUAUUGGACAUGGGUCUUCAACCAAAAGAUGCUGCUAAGAAACUAAUAACAGCUUUUGGGGAACAAAUUUUUGGAACUGGUUUCAUUCAUGGAGAUCCGCAUCCCGGGAAUGUUCUUGUAACGAAAAGCAAUGAAGAUCCAAACAGAGUUCAGUUGAUUGUACUUGAUCAUGGAUUGUAUGAAAAAAUUUCAAAAGAAGAUCAGAUAUCCCUGUGUAAUCUAUGGAAAUCAAUAAUUUGGAAACAAGAAGAUCAAAUGAAAAAGUUUGCAAUUGAACUUCAAAUUCAUGAAAAAGAUUUCAUGUUAUUCAGUGAAAUGUUAAUAAUGAGGCCAAUAAGAUUAGACCAUGAUUUUAAUCCUUCUGCACCUAUGACAGAUGCUGAGUAUAAAUAUAUGCAACAAAUGGCUGCUGAAAGAUUUGACAAAAUAAUGGGAUGUCUUCGCAGAAUGCCAAAGUCUAUGAUUCUUGUUUUUAGGAAUUUGAAUACUGUGAGAUGUAUCAACCACACAUUAGGAUCACCAGCUGACCGAUUUACAAUAUUAGCUCACUGUGCCAUCAGGGGAUCGCAUCAACUUCAAUCUCAAUUUAAUACAUCUUUAACAAGAAGGCUCGGAAUUUUCUAUGAAAAAAUUCAAUUUGAUUUUAAAUUAUUAACGGAGUGGUUGAAGUUGUGGUUCCUAACAACGUAUCUGAAAAUUGUUCGAUUUGUGACUGCAAGAGAGGAAUUAUCUGACGUUAUUAAGGAGCUAGAGUUGUUAUAAUAGUCAAAGAAAACUAAAUUAUGGAAAAUUAUUUUUAUUUGCCAUUGUUAUUAUGCAUAUAGCUUGUAAUACCCAAUCUUGCCCACAUGGAGACCGAACUCUUUUCAAACCCGCAACAUAUUUGCCCAAUUAGAUACUGAUCCGAAUGGGUUGUUAAGAAAAUACAACUUUAUUAACAUUAAAUUACGACAGGCAUUCAUAUUUCAUCAAUGCCACCCAAGAUACACCAUCUUCUCUUUGUGUAUAUAAACGAUAAUAACGUGGUACAAUGUCUCUUAUAGCCAAUUUUCUCUCUCCUCAAUUUAAACAGAUUGGUCAGUUUUAGACCGCGAGUGAUUAAAAAGUAAUGAUUAUAGAAAAUGGAUUAAUAUUUUAUUAUAAAAAGACCAGCGAGUGCUUUGCGAAGCACAGUGUACAAACCAUUGAUGCCUGACAAUACCAAGAUUGAUGAAACAGGCAACAGUAGCAAGCAGUGUUUGCCUGUGUGUGACUUCACUAUAAGCAGCAUCUGACUUGAAAAUAUAUUUGUCUUCAAGUUCAGCAUCAAUGAAACUACGUUUCUUGGGUAUUGUUUGCUCAAAUUUGAAUCUUAUAUAUAUAUCCAUUUUUAUUGACAAAGCUAUAUUUUGAUGGUAUCACUUGUUCUAUUAUUUAAGACAUUCUUCAAGGAAUAGAAGCAUAAAACAUUUUCAAUAAAAUUUACUAAGGAAGACGAAAUAGUGGAAUACCCGUUGGGUAAAUGUUAAUGCGCUGUAGGCGACAUUAUUGAACACUGUAUGACAAAAUGUUGUAUGCGUUUUUAUUAUUAUUUAUCAGCCACAAAUCAGCAGCACCUAACCGACCAGACUCAGGCUAGCGCAGCCAGCCUCGCAAACCUUCGUCCAUUUUGGUAAUUGUAUUUUUUGCAACAUGGCGAGGGCUUAUCUAUGCCAAAUGAAGCCAUUCAAAUAUGUGGUUCACGAUGACGAGUCGUAUUUUCGAACACCUGCGCGACUUAAUCAAAAAUUUUGAAUUUUACCGAGUCUGGAGAAGAAGUGGGGGUUUCCCAAUUCUUUAAUGAUAAUGAUCGAUGUCAAAAUUUACAACGAAAACUCAAA